AUGGGAACCAACCACAUAGAUGACCCUGCUCUGCCUUCCUCCUCUCCUCCCGCUUUCAUCAUACAACGGUCAAGAAGCGUUACCUUGCUUAUUGCCUAUUGCCAUGCUUCAGAGCACUGUCGUUUCCCCAUCUCCUCCCAAGGCCCUUCAACUCAAUCUCGGCUUCUCUUCAUUUCUAGCCACAAACCAGAACCAGAGCAGAAGCAGCAGCAGCCGGAGGAGGAGGAUCUUUAUCUCACAAACAAGAGAUGGUUCUGUGCACGGUGGAGUUAGAGUUAAGACUACUAGUACUACUAGCAGUAAUGGAUGGAGACAAUCUAUGUUUGUCGGUACAAAACCUGCCCUUGAAGAUUCCAUUCUGAGUGUCAGUGGUAUAGAUGUGUUGACAGACGUGCCUCCCAAUGUGGUCUUCACACCAAUCCCCAACUCAUCGGCAGCAUUCCUUGGUGCCACUUCUCAAAAUGCUACUUCACAAUCACGCCAUGUCUUUAAGCUUGGAGUCUUACGCGAUGUCAGAUUAUUAAGUCUUUUCAGAUUUAAACUUUGGUGGAUGAUACCACGAGUGGGCAGUACAGGAAGUGACAUCCCUGUGGAAACUCAGAUGUUGCUCUUGGAAGCAAAGGGGGAGGAGGGAGAGGAAGAUACUGCAUCUUAUAUCUUAUUCUUGCCAGUUCUAGAUGGUGAAUUUAGAAGCAGCUUGCAGGGAAACGCAUCCAAUGAACUUGAACUUUGCGUCGAAAGUGGUGACCCAGCUGUAGUUGCCUCAGAAUCCCUAAAAGCAGUUUUUGUGAAUUGUGGGAACCAUCCUUUCGAUCUGGUGAACGAAUCUAUGAAGACUUUGGCGAAGCAUUUUGGAAGCUUUGCUCUUAGAGAAACGAAACAGAUGCCUGGAAUGCUAGAUUAUUUUGGCUGGUGUACUUGGGAUGCCUUUUAUCAAGAAGUUAAUCCUGAAGGAAUUAGAGAUGGUACUCAGAAGCCUCUUUUUACACAUUACAGUUUAUCCGAAGGAGGUACACCAGCAAAGUUUUUGAUAAUCGACGAUGGGUGGCAAGAUACAUCAAAUGAGUUCCAAAAAGAAGGGGAGCCAUUUGUUGAAGGGACACAGUUUGGAGGCAGAUUAAAUAGCAUUGAAGAAAAUAACAAGUUUCGCAGCAUAACCAAGGUGGUUGAUGGUGACAAGCCAAGUGGUCUCAAAGAUUUUGUUUCUGAGAUCAAGAAUACCUUUGGCCUUAGGUAUGUGUAUGUAUGGCAUGCCCUAUUGGGAUAUUGGGGAGGGCUUGUUCCAAAUGCUCCAGGAACUAAAAAGUAUAACCCUGAGUUAAGAUACCCAGUACAGUCACCUGGAAAUUUGGCAAAUAUGAGGGAUGGAUCUAUGGAUAGUAUGGAAAAAUUUGGUGUUGGUAUGAUAGAUCCUGCAAAGGCAUAUCAAUUUUAUGAUGAUCUACAUGGAUAUCUUGUUUCACAAGAUGUAGAUGGUGUAAAGGUUGAUGUUCAGAACAUACUGGAGACCGUAUCAGCAGGUUUAGGAGGGCGAGUCUCUCUAACUAGACGAUUCCAACAGGCACUUGAGAAGUCCAUAGCCACUCAUUUCCAAGACAACAGUAUAAUUUGCUGCAUGGGCCAAAGCACAGACUCCAUAUACCAUUCAAAAAUAAGUGCAAUAACUCGAGCAUCUGAUGAUUACUACCCCCAAAACCCAACAACACAGACACUUCACAUAGCUGCAGUGGCUUUCAACAGCAUAUUCCUUGGUGAAGUUGUUGUCCCAGAUUGGGAUAUGUUCUAUAGCCGGCAUGAGGCAGCUGAGUUCCAUGCUGCUGCUAGAGCUGUGGGAGGUUGCGGAGUCUAUGUAAGUGACAAACCCGGGCAGCAUGAUUUUGAGAUACUUAAAAGGCUUGUACUUGCUGAUGGAUCAGUUCUCAGAGCUAGAUACCCUGGGAGGCCAUCACGGGAUUGUUUAUUUGUUGAUCCAGUUAUGGACGGGGAGAGUCUUCUAAAGAUAUGGAAUUUGAACAAAUGCAACGGAGUUAUAGGCGUUUUCAAUUGCCAAGGAGCAGGAAGUUGGCCAUGUCUGGAACAUAUCAUCCAGGUAACAGCUAGUGAUGAGCUAUCUGGGAAGGUCUCUCCUGCAGAUAUCGAGUAUUUUGAAGAGGUAUCUGGAAAGCUUUGGACCGGAGAUUGUGCAGUCUAUUCCUUCAAAAAAGGGUAUCUGUCUCGUUUACCAAAGGACAAGUCAUUUGCUGUCACUUUACAAACUCUCCAAUGUGAUGUGUAUACUGUAUCCCCUAUUAAGGUUUACAAGCCAAAUAUUCAAUUUGCACCCAUUGGAUUAUUGAACAUGUACAAUUCUGGUGGAGCUGUUGACAGUAUCAACUUCUCUAGUGAUGACUCCAGUUGUGUCAUACACAUCAAGGGAAGAGGGGCUGGUAGUUUUGGAGCAUACUCAAGUUCAAAGCCCAAAUCUUGCUUGGUGAACUCAAAAGAUGAGGGAUUUGAAUUCAGGGGUGAUGACAAUCUUCUGACAGUAACAAUUCCUGCCACAACUAGCUCUUGGAACGUUAGUUUCUGUUAUUGA